UAUUACAUGUAUUAUCUAUCCAUAGAUUCUAAUCCUGAUCUCGAACUUUAACAACUCUCUUUUACAUGUAAUUCUAAAUAUAAACACUUAACCUACAUGCCUACCUAGGUACCUAUAUAUACCCAGCACACUGUGAAUAAAUACUACGUAGUCUAAACUAAACACCAGCCAACCAGCUACCCUACCUACCUAGGUACCUACCUACCUACCUAGGUAUACAGAGCCGAAUCCAAAAUGACAAAGACUUGGUUACCACCCCCUAUCCACAUCAGCCCACCCCUACUCAACUCGGCGAACCCGUGGGCGACGACGCAAGAGGACCUCCAGGCUUUAUUCGAUUGUCCGUCCACCGGCGCCGUGACGACGCGGACGGCGCUGCUGCGCGGGUUCGCGCACGAUCCGGCUCGGCAUCGGUAUGCGUUUUUCGAUGCGGGGACACAUGCCGUCGGCGCCGUUACGUCUGUCGCUGGCGAAUCGGCGGCGGGUGUGAGUGUAGGUGUAGGCGUAGGCGUAGGCGUAGAUGCGAACGCGAGCUUGAAUAACAUGGGGUACAGCCCCGUGCCGCUGGAUGGGUAUUUGGGGUUUAUCGAGGCGAUAGUAGCGGGGGACAGGGAAAAAGAGACCGGAAAGGGGAUGGGGAAGGGAAAGGGCAAGCUGUUCAUCGUCUCGGUCACCGGCACGCCCGACGACGUCGCCGAGUGCUACAGGCGCGUCGCGAUGCUGGGGCUGAGAACAGGCGCGCCGCUUGCCGUGGAGGUCAACCUCAGCUGUCCGAACAUCCCGGGCGCGCCGCCGGCGGCGUACGCGGCGGAGGGGCUGCGGCCGUAUUUGGAUGCCGUGGCGCGUGCAGCAGCAGCAGCAGCAGCAGCGCAAGUAGAAGUAGAAGUAGAAGUAGAAGGAGGGGGAGGCGUGCCGUGGGGCGUCAAGGUCCCGCCGUACACGCACGCCGGACAGUUCGACAUGCUGGCGGGUGCGCUGCGGGGGGGCGGCGGGGAGGCGCUUGGGUCGGGGGGGAAUUGUCCGGCGAGCUUUGUCACGGCGACGAAUACGCUGGGGUCGUGUCUGCUGCUUGGUGGUGGGGGGGAUGGGCCUGCGUUGGGGGGCGAGACGGGGGGGAUAGGGGGGAUGGCGGGGGCGCCGUUACACCCCCUAGCACUGGGUAACGUGGCGACGCUCCGGCGGAUGCUUGAUGCGGUUCCGGAGACGUCGCAUGUGCAGAUAAUAGGGGUCGGCGGUGUCGAGGAUGCGGCGGGGUAUAGGCGGAUGAGAGAUGUAGGGGCGGCGGCUGUUGGUGUAGGGACUGCGCUUGGGAGGAAGGGGGUUGGGGUCUUUGGUGAGAUCGAGGAUGGGUUGAGGGUGUUGUCGGGGGAUGGGGAGGGAGCCGUGUGGUGAGAUUGGAGUGGAGUGGACUAUCUCCUAUCUCCUACCCAGUUGGUGGUUUGUCUAUAUGAGAUAUGAUGAGAGUGAUACAUACUAUGGAUAUAGUCUUAUGCCUCAGUGAAUUAUAGCUGGCGUUCUCUAUAGUAAAUUACACCAAGCAUUCAACAAAAAAUA